GUUUCCAUGGCAUUAUGAAUAUCUUCUAAAGAAAAAUGGCCACAAGUUGUGUUUGUAAAGUGAUAUCAAAGCUUAGAAGAAGCUUUUGACCAAGAGUAGUGCAUAGAAAAUGGAUUUCCAGCCUCGGCCUGGAGCAAAGCAAGGUCGGAGGUCGGAUCCAGUGUCCUUUCUCCCGGCGCUACCACAGCACCGCACUAAACCUUCGUGGCAGUCCACUCGGCCUUCAUUCAAGCUCCUCUCUCAGCCUCCACUUGAGCCUGGGGCUGGACCUAUGCUAGGUGAUGGAGCAUCAAGACUUCUCAAGCCACCCACUAGUAGCAACAGUCAGCCUGGAACAAGUCGUUCAAAACGAAUUCGUAGCAAGUCCUGGGACCCGAUGUCCUUCCCUCCCAGUAAGAGGAGGGUUGGUACUGGUCACACUCGUGCCCAGACCUCUACUGGUGGGGCUAGGGGGCCAAGACGGGAGAGAGACGACUUCAGGAAAGCUCUCGUCAAUCUCAUCAUGCAUCCUGAGGAGGAGGAGGAGACAGAGACUACUGGGGACAGAGAGAGGCCCACCACACCUACCUCUACUGAGAAAGAUGUCUUGCGCUACCUCUACUACAUCCAUAAUGGCAUUGACACCUCCCACAUUGCCCCACUGGAGGACUCCUGGCUUCAUAACGUCCUCUCUCUGGUGCCACAACCACUCAAAGACUCGUUUAUACGUUCAGUGGAAGAGCUUUCAGAAGAGAUGAGGGAGGACUAUCUGCUCAGUGUCAAGAAAGCUAUAGUUGACUUUGUCCUAAAAGACCCUCGUCAGAAAGAACAAGAACAAACUGCUCCUAGGUCCACUCUCCCUCACCGCCAAGAACUGAACAUUGUCCCGAGGCCAUGGGGCCGCUCGUUUGUAUCCUCGAGAGAAGCACUUCAUGAAAACCUCUUCGUUACCAACCCCACACUCAACCAAGUUCUCAACUUAUGGUUCACAAAGUACUGUUCAAUGAGGCUGGUCAACUCUAAGCUACUACUUGCAGAUGAGGCUUUCGAGCUCGGUACUUAUCAGGCUCUCAUUGCCAGGAGUAUCGAAUCAGCCAAAAAUGUCCUCUUAAAAAAAUGGUUCCCUGCUGUUCAGAACAUAUUCUAUUACGGUAACAAGCGUAAGUGGAUUCCACUGGGUAAACUGGACAAGUUUUUCAGCUCUGUAGCAGUGGUCAUGAGCAAUCAACUCAGGGAACUGGCACUUGACUCUAUACGGGACUACCGGCACAUGCUCUCACCCCCAAAGAAUGCUCAUGUGGAUGGCCUAUUCCCUGGGUUUGUGCUUAACGUGGUCCUGAACGGAACUAAGAUAGAAUUUGAACCAGAGGCUAGAGGAUUCGAGAUUGUUGCUCUGAAUGCUCUGGACAAAAUUGUGGAUGCUGUGAUGAUUGUACCUCCUGUGGAGACAAAGCUCUACCCCAGCGAGAGUGCCCAUGCCACCAAGCCUAACCUCAAACCAAUCAUAGAUCCCAAGGUUGUGGAGAGCGCCAAAGAAGAGAUAGCUAGAGUGCUUGAAGAAGGCUGGAAGGAUCCCAUUGAACACAUCAAGCUCUUUGACAAGUAUGAGGCUCUCAUCACGAGAGAAGCUGACAGUCAAGUGGCUGAGUUCCUCAAAGAAGAGCAUACCUUCCCAGAGUAUGAGAAACUGGUGCUGCAGUACAAAGGCCUCGUGUCAGAGCUACAGUAUGAAGUGCAGAAGCUGGUGCCACUGGGUCUGUUUGAGUUGCACUGUGAUGAGGUGACCCGAUCUCUCUCAAAGAGAGCUGAUGCUCUACUCACUCAACUACUGAGCCGGAUGACAGAUAGCAACAGGAAAAUGAACCAAGCUAUUCGCAAGGAGUAUGAGGAGAUCGUGGACAAGGCUCUCACUACUCCCUCCAACACUCAGCACCUCAUGGAGCUCAAGGAGUUUGUGGAGAAUGCUGAAGAGAAAGAUCUCGUCGAGCUGGAGGAGAAGAUGGUCGAGGCCAGGCAUAGACUGGAGUUUCUGGCUGAGCACACUUCAAUAACUGUUUCUGACCUGAGGCUCAAUUCUGAGACAUUUCGUUGGUUGGAACGCAUGCCCCCAAUCCUGGAGGAGCACAGGGACAUCACCACACGAAGCAGGAGAGAAGCAGAGGAGGCACUUAAGCUUCGUCGUGAGCGUUUCACCACAGAACUGGAGGGCUAUCAAACACAACUGAAUGAUUUCACUUCAUUCAGUGACCUCGAAGAAAUACAACGCUACCUCAAGAAAUCUCAAGCUCUUCACGCAAAGCUCGAGGAAGCCGCAGAAAAAAUUGAGGGUUUCAAUUUGGAAGAGGAUGCCUUCGACUGGGAGAGGUCACAGUAUCCACUACGGGGACAACUUGUGAAGACCCUUGACCCUUAUCGCAAUUUGUUCAAGACUGUCACAGACUUUGAGGAUAAGAACCGUACAUGGAUGGAGGGUUCAAUGAGCGGUGUGGACCCUGACCAAGUGGAGAAUGAAACCGGUAUCUUAUGGAGAACACUCUAUAAACUGGAGAAAGGAUUUCAAGACAACCCCAAUCCACUCAAUAUGGCUAAAAAGGUCAAAGGUCGUGUUGAUGCGUUCAAGGAGCACCUCCCUCUCAUAGGAGCUAUAUUCAACCCUGGUCUCAGGGACAGACAUUGGGAGAAGAUGAGCUCCAUAGCCGGACAAGACCUAAAGCCAACAGAGACGUCCAACCUUCGAUCAUACGUUGAUCUGAAUCUGGAGACAUACUUGGAGCAGUUUGAGAACAUCAGUGAGGCAGCCAGCAAGGAGCACUCACUCGAGAAAGCCAUUGAGAAAAUGAUAUCGGAGUGGGACGAGAUGGAGUUCACUCUAAUCACAUACCGUGAGACGGGUACCAAGAUCCUCACGUCAGUUGAUGACAUUCAAAACCUCCUGGACGACCACAUUGUCAAGACUCAGACCAUGAUGGGCUCUCCAUUCAUUAAACCUUUCGAGGAUGAAAUAAAAGAGUGGGAAGGAAAGUUGCUAUUGGUCCAAGAAAUCCUCGAUGAAUGGCUCAAGGUGCAGGCCACCUGGCUCUAUCUGGAGCCCAUCUUCUCCUCCCCUGAUAUCAUGGCCCAGAUGCCAGAGGAAGGCCGUCGCUUCACUCAGGUUGACAAGAACUGGAGGGACAUUAUCAAGGCUUCCGAGUCGGACCACCAUUGUCUUGUGGUCGUAACCAUCGACAAGAUGCUUGAAAGACUCAAAAAAUCCAACGAACUAUUGGAGCUCAUUCUGAAAGGCCUCAACGAAUAUCUCGAGAAAAAGAGACUCUAUUUUCCGCGAUUUUUCUUUCUCUCCAACGAUGAGAUGUUGGAAAUCCUCUCAGAAACAAAGGACCCUACACGAGUCCAGCCGCAUCUCAAGAAGUGUUUUGAGGGCAUAGCAAAGCUCUCGUUCACAGAAGACCUGGACAUUACUCACAUGAAGAGCAGUGAGGGGGAGAUAGUCCCACUCUGUGAGGUUAUCUCUACAUCCAAGGCUCGUGGUCAAGUCGAGAAAUGGCUACUCGAACUAGAAACCAUUAUGUCCACUUCUAUACACAAGGUGAUUCAAGAGUCUAUGCUGGCCUACACAGUGUCAGAGCGUACCAGCUGGGUCAUUAACUGGCCAGGUCAAGCCGUCCUCUGUGUAUCACAGAAAUACUGGACUGACUAUGUCCACGAGUCCAUCAGAAAUGGACAACAGGCUUUGGAGACGUAUCUUGAGAAGAACAACUCUCAGAUUGAUGCCAUUGUCAAGUUGGUGAGGGGCAAGCUGAACAAGCAGAACAGGACUACACUCGGUGCUUUAGUGGUGCUCGAUGUGCACUCACGAGACGUCAUGGUCAAACUAGUCAAAGAGAAGGUGACUAGUGAGAAUGAUUUUGAGUGGCUGAGUCAAAUGCGCUACUAUUGGGAGGAGGAAAAUAUUAUCACUCGUAUGAUCAACUCUCACUUGGCCUACGGUUACGAAUAUCUCGGAAAUUCCGGUCGUCUUGUUAUCACACCACUGACGGAUAGAUGCUACCGUACCUUAUUUGGUGCUCUUCAUCUUCAUUUGGGUGGAGCUCCCGAAGGUCCUGCUGGUACGGGAAAAACUGAGACAGUCAAAGAUCUGGCCAAGGCUGUGGCUAAACAGUGUGUUGUGUUCAACUGCUCUGAUGGUCUCGACUAUAUUGCCCUGGGCAAGUUCUUCAAAGGUCUUGCCUCUUGUGGUGCAUGGUCCUGUUUCGAUGAGUUCAACCGAAUCGAUCUGGAAGUGUUGUCUGUGGUAGCCCAGCAGAUUAUGACCAUACAGCGUGGUAUUAACGCUGGUGCUACCAUGUUAUUGUUUGAGGGCACUGAGAUUAAACUGGACCCAACCUGCUCUGUGUUCAUCACCAUGAACCCUGGAUAUGCCGGUCGCUCUGAGUUACCUGACAAUCUGAAAGCUCUCUUCAGACCUGUAGCCAUGAUGGUGCCUGAUUACGCUAUGAUUGCCGAGAUUGUGCUCUAUUCUUGUGGCUUCUUCAAUGCACGUCCGCUCUCCGUGAAAAUCGUGGCCACCUAUCGACUCUGCUCUGAGCAGCUCUCUUCUCAGCAUCAUUACGAUUACGGCAUGCGUGCUGUAAAAUCUGUAUUAACUGCAGCUGGUAAUCUUAAAUUAAAGUAUCCAGAGGAAAAUGAGGACAUUUUAAUGUUGAGAUCAAUUCGUGAUGUCAAUUUACCCAAGUUUUUGUCACAUGAUUUACCACUUUUCGCCGGUAUCACGUCUGAUUUAUUCCCUGGUGUAACUCUACCUGAACCAGAUUAUUCGCUUCUCUUGCCGGCUAUUAAAGACAACUGUGAAAAAAUGAACUUGCAAAGAACUGAAGUUUUUGAGGGGAAGAUUUUGCAGAUCUACGAAAUGAUGGUUGUCCGUCAUGGUUUCAUGAUUGUUGGUGAACCAUUUGGUGGCAAGACAUGUGCUUACAGAGUGUUGGCCGGUGCUCUGUCUGAUAUCUGUGAAAAGGGUUUGGGAGAUGAACAGAAGGUCAUCAUUACAGUCAUCAAUCCCAAGUCCAUCACCAUGGGCCAACUCUACGGAUCAUUUGACCCUAUCUCCCACGAGUGGUCUGAUGGUAUUCUCGCCGUCAGCUACAGAGCUUUUGCUUCUUCUCAAACUCCGGAUCGUAAGUGGCUCAUCUUUGAUGGCCCAGUGGAUGCUAUUUGGAUUGAGAACAUGAACACUGUACUGGAUGACAACAAAAAGCUUUGCCUGAUGAGCGGUGAAAUUAUCCAACUCUCUUCCACCACUAACCUCAUAUUUGAGCCCAUGGAUCUAGAGGUGGCCUCUCCAGCCACUGUGUCUCGAUGUGGCAUGAUCUACAUGGAACCCUCCAUGCUUGGAUGGGAGCCUCACCUGCUCUCCUGGCUCAAUACACUACCACCAGCACUUACUGACGACCAUAAAGAGUUGAUUGCGUCACUCUAUAAGAGAAUGGUGCCUACUUUGUUGGACUUUGUACGCAAAUCAGGCUUCAAGGAGCUAAGUCAAACCACUGAUGCCAACCUGGUCCAUUCCCUCAUGAAUAUUCAUGAGAGUCAGCUGGAUGAGUUCAAAGAUGAGGCAACAUUUCAGAAACUAAAUCUCAUGCCCAAACAAGUAGAGUCCUGGCUCAUGGGCACCUACUUAUUUGCUCUGGUCUGGUCCAUCGGAGCUAGCACUGCCACUGGGGGUAGGAGAGAAUUCAAUUUCAUAUUAAGAGAGAUCACGACUGGACCUCUACUACCGGAAACAAAGGAGCAAUACCAUCUCUACGAGAGCUGUGGUGCCCCCACCAAACCUUUCCCAGUUCCAUUUCCAGAGGAUGGGGAGGUCUAUGACUAUCGCUUUCUCAAAGAAGAUUCUGGGUCAUGGGUGCUCUGGGCUGACGAACUCAAAGAUGUUUCUCCAAUCCCUAAAGACAUUCCUUUCAACUCUAUUAUUAUUCCGACGGUUGAUACUAUACGGUACACGUACCUCAUGGAUAUGUUGGUCAAGCACGGGAAGCCCUGCCUGUUUGUGGGGCCAACCGGUACAGGAAAGUCUGUUUACAUCCAAGACUUUGUUCUGAACAAGCUACCCAAGGACGUGUACAAGCCAGUCCUCAUCAAUUUCUCUGCCCAGACUAGCGCCAACCAGACUCAGAACAUUAUCCUCUCAAAGCUGGACAAGAGGAGAAAGGGAGUCUUUGGCCCACCCAUGGGCUGGAAAACAGUUGUGUUUGUGGAUGAUCUCAACAUGCCAGCCCGUGAGGAGUAUGGGGCCCAGCCACCCAUCGAGCUACUCAGACAAUGGCAGGACCACUGGAACUGGUACGACCUCAAGGAAAACACAAAGAUGAACCUGGUAGACAUUGUUCUGAUAGCCGCCAUGGGUCCCCCUGGUGGGGGUAGGAACCCGGUCACUUCUCGCUUUCUGAGGCAUUUCAAUACCAUCACCAUUAAUGAGUUCGAUGACUCCACAAUGAAGCUCAUCUUCAGUCGUAUCAUGGACUGGCACUUGUCCAAAGGCUUCAGUGCUGAGGUGAAUGAGUUGGGGAGUCAAGUGGUGACUGGGACUAUGUCCAUGUACAAGAGUGCCAUGGUUAACCUGCUGCCUACACCAGCCAAGUCUCACUACCUCUUCAAUCUCAGAGAUUUCGCUCGUGUUAUUCAAGGCUUCCUGCUUGGUGAUUCCUCUACGCUGAAUGACGUGAAUGUGUUGAAGAGGCUCUGGGCUCACGAGGUCAUGAGGGUGUAUUACGAUCGUCUCGUGGAUGACUCGGACAGAGCAUGGCUGGUUAAAAAUCUCAAGGAAGUCAUGCAGAAAGAUUUUGAUACCAGCUUUGAUGAGCUCUUUACACACCUGGACUUCAACAAGGAUGGUGUGGUGGAAGAGGAUGAUCUUCGUAGUCUCAUGUUUUGUGAUUUUGUGGAUCCCAAGAAUGAUAAUAAACCAUAUAUGGAGGUGUUGGAUGUGAACAAACUUCGACUGGUGGUAGAGAACUUCCUGGAUGAGUACAACAAUGUCAGCAAGAAACCCAUGAACCUGGUCAUGUUCAGGUUUGCUAUUGAGCACGUGUGUCGUAUCUCCCGUAUCAUCAAACAGCCACGAGCUCACGCCCUCCUGGUGGGGGUGGGGGGGAGUGGUCGACAGUCACUCACUCGAAUGGCAGCAUACAUGUCCGACUUUGAGGUCUUCCAGGUUGAGAUCGGCAAAGGCUACACUUCUUUGGAAUGGAGGGAGGAUCUGAAAAAGAUAUUUCGUAAAGGUGCUGAGGGUAGCUCACCGGCUGUGUUCUUAUUCACAGACACUCAAAUCAAACAAGAGAACUUUCUAGAGGACAUUGGCAAUCUCCUCAAUACAGGAGAGGUCCCUAACAUGUUUCCUAUCGAUGAGAAGAACGAAAUAUGCUCCAAAAUGAGACAGAUUGACAAAGCUCGUGAGAAGUCCAAGCAGACAGACGGUACUCCCCUGGCCCUGUUCAACAUGUUCAUAGAUCGUGUGAGAGAGCAGCUCCAUGUGGUACUGGCUAUGAGCCCCAUUGGAGAUGCAUUCAGAACCAGGCUCAGAAUGUUCCCCUCUCUAGUUAACUGCUGCACCAUCGAUUGGUUCCAGAGUUGGCCCGAUGAUGCUCUACAGAUUGUGGCUCGUCGUUUCCUUGACGACGUAGAAAUGGACGACACAGUUAAAGAGUGCUGUGUUGACAUGUGCAAAGAGUUUCAUCAAACCACGAGAAAACUAUCAAGCAAGUUCCUGGCCACUCUACAGAGACACAACUAUGUGACACCAACCUCCUACCUCGAGCUCAUCUCAACCUACAAGACAUUGCUUUCAAAGAAAAGAAGUGAGGUGUUGAAGAUGAAGCGUCGUUAUGAGAUGGGUCUGGAUAAGCUAGAGUCUGCUGCCUCUCAAGUGGCAGGCAUGCAACAGCAACUGGAGGAGCUCCAACCUCAGCUAGAGGAGUCCAGUGUACAGGUAGCUCAAAUGAUUGUGGUGAUUGAAAAAGAGUCAAAGGAGGUAGCAAAAAAGGAAACAGUCGUUAAAGCUGACGAGGCAGUGGCUAAUAAGCAAGCCAUGGAAGCGAAGGCUAUAAAGGACGAGUGUGAUGCUGACCUGGCCGAGGCCAUCCCUAUACUGGAAUCUGCUCUAGCUGCUCUGAAAACACUCACUUCACAAGAUAUCACUGUGGUCAAGACCAUGAAGAGUCCUCCAGCUGGUGUCAAACUAGUCAUGGAGGCUAUCUGUAUUCUAAAGGGCUUCAAGCCAGACAGAAUUCCCGACCCAUCUGGAUCAGGCAAGAAGAUGGAGGACUACUGGGGCCCUUCAAAGAGGCUGCUCGGUGAUAUGAAGUUCUUGCAGUCACUCAGAGAAUACGAUAAGGACAAUAUCAAUCCGACUGUGAUAGGCAAGAUUCGAAGCACCUAUACCAACAACCCAGAGUUUGACCCUGCUAAGAUUAAGAAUGCAUCGACUGCAGCCGAGGGUCUAUGCAAGUGGGUGGUGGCCAUGGAGAAAUAUGACCGUGUGGCCAAGGUAGUAGCUCCAAAGAAGGCGAAGCUCAAAGAGGCUGAAGCUGACCUGGCCAUUGCCAUGGGUGAUCUCAACAGGAAGAGGGCAGAUCUCAAAGCUGUACAACAGAAGCUGGCUGACCUGCAAGCCUCUUUUGAGGAGAACAACCGCAAGAAGCUGCAGCUCGAGUCUGAUGUCGAUCUGUGCUCCAAGAAAUUGAUCAGAGCUGAGCAGUUGAUAGGUGGUCUUGGAGGAGAGAAGGAUCGCUGGGGCAAGGCAGCUAUGGACCUGGGCCAUCAGUACAACAACUUGACAGGAGACGUGCUGUGUGCUGCAGGAGUGGUCGCUUAUCUGGGAGCAUUCACAUCAGCUUUCAGACAGGACCAAGUGACAGAGUGGCGUGAGAUGUGUGUGAGUCGUGGAAUCCCUUGCUCUGAUGAGUUCUCCUUGAGCACCAUACUUGGAGAGCAGGUCAAGAUCAGAGCAUGGAAUAUCGCUGGUCUCCCUAAUGACUCCUUCUCCAUCGAUAAUGGCAUUGUCAUAAGCAAUGCUCGUCGUUGGCCUCUAAUGAUUGACCCUCAAGGCCAGGCCAACAAGUGGGUCAAAAACAUGGAGAAAUCCAAGAAUCUCCACGUUAUCAAACUAACUGACUCUGAUUUCGUUCGAACUCUUGAAAACUGCAUCCAAUUCGGUACACCAGUUCUACUAGAGAACAUUGGUGAGGAGCUGGACCCUAUACUGGAGCCUCUGUUGCUCAAGCAGACAUUCAAACAAGGUGGCAGUAUUUGCAUUAAACUGGGAGACAGUACCAUUGAGUACUCGAAGGAUUUCCGGUUCUACAUAACUACUAAACUGAGGAACCCUCACUACCUUCCUGAAACCUCAGUCAAGGUAACUCUGCUCAACUUCAUGAUCACCACUGAGGGUCUUCAAGACCAGCUGCUCGGUAUAGUGGUGGCCAAGGAGAGACCAGAACUAGAGGAAGAGAAGAAUCAACUCAUUCUACAGUCUGCCGAGAACAAGAAACAACUGAAGGAGAUUGAGGACAAGAUUCUCGAGGUGUUGUCGAGCUCUGAGGGUAACAUUCUUGAAGAUGAGACAGCCAUUCAAGUGCUCUCUUCCUCAAAGAAACUGGCCAAUGAGAUUGAAGAGAAACAGGCUAUUGCUGAGGAGACUGAGAUUAAAAUCGACAAAGCUCGUCUCGGCUACAAACCAGUGGCCAUUCAAUCUUCAAUCCUCUUCUUCUCUAUUUCAGACUUGGCCAAUAUUGAACCCAUGUACCAGUACUCCCUCACAUGGUUUGUGAACUUGUUUGUGAUGUCUAUUGACAAUGCUGAGCAGUCUGAUGUGUUGGACACUCGACUGGGCAACCUCAUCACACACUUCACAUACUCUCUGUAUUGCAAUGUGUGCCGAUCACUCUUUGAGAAGGACAAGCUUCUAUUCUCUUUUGUACUCUGUGUGAAUCGACUCAAGCAUGAGAAGCAAGUGGCUGAGGAAGAAUGGAGGUUCCUGUUGACUGGAGGCAUUGGUUUGGACAAUCCUCACCCCAACCCUGCCACCUGGCUCCCUCAGAAGUCCUGGGAUGAGCUCUGUCGACUGGACGAGCUGUCAAGGUUCAAUGGAAUUCGUGUGUCCUUCACUAAGAGGGUCGGCUCCUGGAAGGCUUACUAUGAUAGCACCCAACCUCAAGCUGAAAAACUGCCUGGAAAAUGGAACGAAUCUUUUGGGAACUUCCAGAAACUCAUAACUGUCAGAGUCUUGAGACCAGACAAGGUUAUUCCUGCUGUUCAAGACUUUGUAGUGGCCAAAGCUGGUCAGAAGUACAUUGAGCCCCCACCGUUCAACCUUCCCAAAGCGUUUGCUGACUCCCACUGCUGUGCUCCCCUCAUCUUUGUGCUGUCCCCCGGAGGUGACCCCAUGAAUGCACUGCUCAAGUUUGCAGACGAUCAGGGCUUUGGUGGUGCCAAGCUGAGUACCCUCUCCCUGGGUCAAGGGCAAGGUCCUAUCGCUCUCAAAAUGAUUGAAUCUGGACAAAAAGAAGGGACCUGGGUCGUACUACAAAACUGUCAUCUAGCCGUUUCAUGGAUGCCAACUUUAGAGAAAGUCUGUGAAGAACUUAACCCUGACACCACCCACCCAGACUUCAGAAUGUGGUUAACCUCUUACCCCUCCUCUCAUUUCCCCGUCUCUGUGUUACAGAAUGGUGUUAAAAUGACCAACGAACCUCCAAAGGGAAUGAGGGCCAAUAUCAUUCGGUCCUAUAUGAACGAUCCCAUCUCUGAUCCUGAGUUUUACAGUGCAUGCAAACGACCUGCCGAGUGGAAGUCGCUGCUGUUUGGGAUGUGCUUCUUCCACGCCCUAGUGCAGGAGAGGAGGAACUUUGGACCUCUCGGCUGGAACAUAUCCUACGAAUUCAACGAGACUGACCUCAGAAUCAGUGUCAAACAGUUGCAGAUGUUUCUGAAUCAGUACGAGGAGGUGCCAUUUGCUGCCCUCAAGUAUCUGACUGGACAGUGCAACUAUGGUGGUCGUGUGACUGAUGAUUGGGACAGGAGAACAUUGGGUACCAUCCUCAACAAGUUCUAUUGCAAGGAAAUCAUCUCACAGAAAGAGUACUCAUUCUCAAACAGUGGCACAUAUCACUGCCCUCCACCGGGAGAGUAUGAGAGCUAUCUGGAGUAUGUGCGUACACUUCCCAUCAUUCCCCACCCUGAGGUGUUUGGAAUGAAUGCCAAUGCUGACAUCACCAAGGACCAACAGGAAACAAACCUCCUCUUUGACAGUAUCCUUCUCACGCAGGCUCGUACCACUUCUGGUGGAGGUAAAUCAGACGACGAAACACUUCGAGAAGUGGCCACAGAUAUUCUCAACAAAUUGCCUCCUGAUUUUGACACUGAUGAAGCUCUCAGGAAAUACCCAACAACCUACAGUCAGAGUAUGAACACAGUCUUGGUACAAGAGAUGGUGCGGUUUAAUCGUCUCACAAUCGUCGUUCGUGCCUCUUUGGUGAACAUUCGAAAGGCCAUCAGAGGUCUAGUAGUCAUGUCCUCAGAACUGGAGGAGGUGUCAGACUCUAUGCUAAAGGGGAAGAUCCCGGGACUAUGGAAGAAGAAAUCUUACCCUUCGUUAAAGCCGCUUGGUUCGUAUGUGAAUGAUCUUCUCACCAGACUUAAGUUCUUGCAAGAUUGGUUUGAUCAAGGUCCCCCUACUGAAUUCUGGAUCUCUGGAUUCUUCUUCACACAAGCUUUCCUCACAGGUGCUCAGCAAAACUAUGCAAGAAAGUAUCACAUUCCCAUCGAUUUGCUUGGAAUGGACUUUGAGAUGUUGGAUGAUAACGAGUACACAACUGAACCUGAAGAUGGUGUGUACGUGUACGGGCUGUUCCUGGAUGGAGCCAGGUGGGACAGAAAGACCAAGCUAAUAGGCGAGUCCCAUCCAAAGAUCCUCACUGACCCCAUGCCUAAAAUCUGGUUAAAGCCACUCAAGAGAGAUGAGAUUCCUGACAAGCUCACCUACACAGCCCCAGUGUACAAGACGAGUGACAGAAGAGGCACCCUGUCCACUACUGGUCACUCUACAAACUUUGUCAUCGCUAUGAAGAUCCCUACUGACAAGCCUGAGGAACACUGGGUUGAACAAGGGGUGGCACUUUUGUGUCAGCUUGACAGCUAAACGCUAACAUUGAUUUAUAGAGUCUUUUGUGGCAACCCGAUUACUUAACUAUAAUUAUAAUUAUAUGUGAACGUCUAUAAAAUGUGUGAAGUGA